AUGACUGGAGAUAUAGGAAACAGGAGGGAUAAUGCAUCCCUGUCUAGUGCACCUCCACCAUAUAAUAAUAAUUUAGGGCAUUCACAACCCUCUCCAUAUCGUUCACUGCAGGAACGAUUACAGGCGCUGAAGGUGGAUCCAGAUCUGGACUCCUGUCCCCCGGUGUUACAACAGCCCCAGCAGCCUCAGCAGCGUCGUCCAGAGGACCGACGGAGAGAUGAGACAUCAGGUCCCGCUGACUCCAACCAUGGCCAAGCUACAGGGGGAACCGAAAGACCGUCAGCAGACAUGACCAGCCCUUCACGUACCAAGUCCGGGAAGAUCUACGGACCGGAGGUGUCAGCAACCUCCCCUUUCUACAAAUUUGGACAGACUGCAAAGGGCCUAUUUUUGGGACAAAAUACUGCUGAAGAUGAAGACACUGAGGUUUUUAGUGCCCCCAUGGUGGAAGUAUCAGGACCCACCGGCCCCAUAUUGGUUUAUCGCCCUUGGUCCCCCUCUGAAAUCAUGGAACAUGCUAAAAAUCUUCCUGACCCCACUGAAGAUGGUGAGAAAGCUAGCGAGGAGUGGAGAGCUUUCUGCCGUGAACACCGCCCCACUGGACUUGAACUGAGAAAAAUUCUUGCUAAAAUGCUCACUGCUAGUGAUCUGGCUAAGAUCCGUCCCCACCUCCCUCCUGAUGACACCGGCCUGAAAAAUCCAAACUGGGACGAUGAGCCGAACCGACCUUACAGAGGAGCCAUCACCACACUCUGUGAUGGCAUAAAGACUGUGUUCCCUAAUCGAGGAAGCCUGGCUGCCCUGAGAAAUCUGAUACAGGGCCCAGAUGAGCGCAUGGAGGCUUUUCUACACCGCUGUGAAACUGUUUUCACCAGACACUCUGGCUUGGAGCGCCCUGCAGGAGAACUGGGGAACACUCCAGGACCAUGGGAACGCCUUCUCUGUCAGACCAUCAUUGAAGGUAUGAACAGAGAUGUGUUGGAAGUGGUGAAGAGACACCACAAUCCAAUAGAGAUAGGAGAGGCAGAGGAAGGGGCAGAGGAAGACGAGAGAGGGGCGGCAACCAACAACAGCGUGGGGCAUGUUAUCGCUGUGACAAAUAUGGACACUGGAAGGAUAACUGCCCACAACGACAUGGGCCGUGUCAUCGCUGUGGCCAAUAUGGACACUGGAAGGAUAACUGCCCUCAGGAUAAUGGGCCCACCCACCAGAAGGAAUACCAUUCUUAAGACAGGCACCCUAAAUCCCACACCACCACUCAGUGGUAAGACUGUUAUUUCUGUGUCUGCUGGAGGCCAUCAUGACAAAGAAAAAUUCACGGUACCUUUAACCUGCUCAGUACAAGCCCUCUCUCAGGUUCCCUCUGAUUUGUGGGCUACCUCUCCCCAUGAUGUGGGCCUGGUUAAGAACUGCCCCCCAGUAAUCAUCACUCCGAAAUCUGACUACCGCCCCUGCCAGAAGCAAUAUCCUCUCAAACCUGAAGCUUUGGAGGGUAUUACACCUGUCUUCAAUUCACAUCUUAGGAGUGGUAUUGUUGUUUCUUGUCCAAAUUCACCUGUUCGCACUCCUAUUUUCCCAAUCAUGAAACCACGUAAACCACCAGCCAAACCUGACUGGCGUUUUGUCCAAGAUCUCCAAGCUGUCAAUAAAGCAGUUAUUUCACGGGCCCCUAUGAUGCCCAACCCCCACACCAUCGUGUCGCAGAUUCCUCCUACUGCUACACAUUUCUCCGUGAUAGAUCUGGCAAAUGCUUUUACGUCUGUUCCUGUUCAUCCAGACAGCCAAUUCUGGUUCGCUUUUGAGUUCAAUGGGAAACCAUACACUUGGACCCGGCUUCCCCAGGGGUACUGUGAGUCCCCCACAAUCUACAAUGAGGUACUAAGAGAUUCUCUUUCUUCUUUGCAGCUUCCACAGGGCGUAGUUUUAUUAACUUACGUUGAUGACCUUCUGCUCUGCUGUCCUUCUGCCUCCUUGUGUGAGGAAGCCACACUGGCCCUCCUCCUCCAUCUUCAUUCUGAGGGUCAUAAAGCCAGUCUGCGUAAACUACAGUUCUGCCAGCCUCAAGUCAUCUUUCUAGGGCAUCACAUUUCUGCCACCACCAAGGCCCUGACCCCUAAACGGAUUGAGGCCAUUCAGAAAGCACCAAAACCUGUUACCAAGAAACAGCUGAUGUCAUUUCUAGGUAUGGUAGGGUUUUGUCGGGCCUUUAUUCCACAUUUUUCUGAACUUGAGGCCCCCCUGACUUCCUGUAUACAUGGUAAGAAUCUAUCUGCUCAUGACCAUUUCUUCUGGACCCCGGAGGCUGAGCAGGCUUUCCUGUCUGUGAAACAAGCGCUGUGUUCUGCUCCAGCCCUGGCUCUGCCAGACCCAGCCAAACCUUUCUUUCAGUUUGUUGAUGAAAAACAUGGUUUCAUGUCUUCUGUUCUCCUUCAACAGCACGGCUCUCACAAGCGCCCGGUGGCCUAUUACUCUUCCAAGCUCGACUCUGUUGCUGCGGGGCUUCCUGGCUGUCUGAGAGCUGUGGCUGCAUGUGAGAAGGCUGUACUUGCAUCACGUGACAUUGUGGGAUACAGUGAACUAACUGUUUUUGUUCCUCAUUCUGUAUCCAUCAUUUUGCUCGAACAAAAGACUUCUCAUCUGUCUGCAGCUAGAUGGCUGAGAUACACCACAGUUCUUCUCGAUAUGCCUAACAUCACUAUGAAACGGUGUACAUCACUUAACCCUGCCACUCUUCUUCCUACCGCAGAAGAUGGUGUUCAUCACUGUUGUGAGACUGUUCUGUCUGAAAUCUGCACUCCGAGACCAGAUUUAUCUGAUGAGCCUCUUCUUAACUCUGAUCUCAUUCUUUUUUGUGAUGGCUCCUCCUUCAGAGACCAUUCUGGUAAGAACAGAGUGGGUUUUGCUGUCUGUGAUGAGCAUCAGGUUCUCUUCUCUGGCUCCCUCCCUUCACAAUUCUCUGCUCAGACAGCUGAACUUGUUGCUCUCACUGAGGCCUGUAAAUUCGCACAAGGUAAGUCCCUGACUGUGUAUACCGAUUCGCGUUACGCCUUUGGUGUAGUUCAUGACUUUGGUGCGUUGUGGCGUCACCGUAAUUUUUUGAAAUCUGAUGGUAAGCCUAUUUUGAACUCCACACAGGUUGCGGCUCUCCUUGACGCUAUUCUUCUUCCUUCAGAUGUCGCUGUAGUGAAAUGUCAAGCUCACACUAAUGACACUUCCUCUGUUGCCCGUGGCAACGCCUUGGCCGACCAGACUGCUAAGCAGGCAGCUCUGUCAGCCUCGCCGCACAUUCUCACCUCUUCUCCUCUCACAGAAGAGGAUCACUCUCCUCCCUGUUCUCUGCAGGACAUCCAGUCUUUUUCUACUCCAGAGGAACGCUCUGUCUGGAAGGCUAACUCCUGCACCCCUGAUUCUGCAGGCUAUAACACCGCCCGCCCUCUUGCCUGCCCUCCAGCUGGUCAUACACCACCUAAUCAGCCUUUUGAUCAUUUGAUGAUGGAUUUCAUUGAGUUAACACCUGCAGAAGGUAAGAAAUAUUGUCUAGUUAUGGUAGACAUGUGGUCAAAGUGGGUUGAAGCUUUUCCAGCAAAGCAUGCCACAAGUUCAGUCGUGGCUAAGGCUCUGGUGACCGAAAUCAUUCCAAGAUGGGGGAUUCCAGUUAAGGUCUCAUCUGACAAUGGUUCACACUUUGUAAAUGCGGCCCUGAAAGAGGUAAGUGGACUAUUGGGGUUCCAGCUUAAGACUCAUUGUGCUUAUCACCCGCAAUCAGGCGGAACAAUUGAAAGAGAGAACGCCACUUUAAAAGGUAAGUUGGCUAAAUGUUGUGAAGAAACAGGACUGUCUUGGCCAAAAGCCCUCCCACUCAUUCUUAUGCACAUGAGAAUGAGGAAACGUGCCCGGACAAAUCUUAGUCCAUUUGAGAUUCUGUUUGGCAGACCUCCCUACACUGGUCUGGAUCCUCCAGGACUCUCCGUGUCUACCACAUACUGUGAAAGUAACAUGCUUGCUUAUUGUCAAAAUCUGUCCAAAGUUCUCUCACAGGUGCAGAGUGUGGUGAAAGAGGCCCUGCCACGCCCAGCAUCAGAUCUGUUUCACUCCUUGGUUCCGGGAGAUUGGAUCUUGGUUCGAGAGACGAGGAGAAAGCACUGGCGGUCUAAAAGGUGGCUGGGUCCCUUCCAGGUCCUGUUGGUCACUCAUACAGCCGUGAAGGUCGCUGAAAGGUCCACGUGGAUUCACGCGUCCCACUGUAGAAGGUUUCAAAGUACCCCAACUCCAGCUGACCUCUCAACCACAGGGCAGAAUAAUCCCUGAG